UUUGUGGUGUGAGUAAGCAGGUGUUGAGAAACUUCCAAACAGUAUGUACAUCGACUGCUACUGCUCGUGUGCUCUAUAUAUUGUCCGAUUUUGUACACGGAUAUUAGAGGUAUCGAAAUUAAAUAAUUCACGCGACUGUUUCAGCUGAUCAGAUUGCUGACUGGGACUAUGGAAUGGCUGCAGCUCUUUUGCAUUAGGCACAAGAAUGAUGCCUUCUUCGCAGUGCUUGCAAUAUAGGUAUAUUUAUCCCUUUGGCCACUACAGUUUACAAUCCCUCAACUUUCCAGAAGAGAACGUCGAGACUAUGGAGAAAAUCAUUACUGAGGACUCCAUCUGUGGCUCAAACUCCACCGAUUCCCAGCUUUCGCACGCAGACUGUUGCAUGUCAGGAAAUGAGUCCUCUUUGAGCACACAGGCUGACUUUAAGGAUAUCUGCAGAGACAGAAAGACCAACUACAGAUCCACACAAGCCAGUUACAGCCCUUACCAGCCCCCGAUAGGUCUACCUUCCGGCUACAAUCCCCAGACGCCCUUUCCCAGUCAGACAGAAGUAUUUCCAAGCACCCUAGGGCCGCAUAACAGGGACCUACUCCACUCGAGUUCCAUAGGCAGCAGUUCGAUGGAAUAUCCCAGUGGCAACCUCCCCUCUUGCUUAGUAUCUGAAAAUUACUGCAGUUAUCCUGGGGAUUCCAGCUACUCUUGCUCUCCAGACAGGCACAGCUUGGGAGAGGGAAGUCUGGAGCAGCCGCGUUCACUGCGCUCUAUCCCAACUGCGUUCGUGCCUAACAACUACUGCAUGCCUCCGCACCCAUGCGUGUCCCGUGGGCCCCCCUGCUGUAGUCAAUACCCUGUGGAUGUGUAUCAAAUGGAUCAGGGCUCUCAUUAUAGGGCACAUUACAACAUGCCCUGUUGGCCUUCACGCCCUGAAAACAGCAGACAAUCAGCCUCAGAGUUCACGUAUAGUGGCCACACCUCCCCUCACCCGCGAGCUAAACUAACCCCAAGCACAGCCCCUCUAUCCCUGGAGCAGAGGAAGGUGUUUGUUACAUAUGAAGCAGACAGUGAAAAACAUGUCAAAGAGAUCAUCAACUUUGUCGCCCUACUGAGACACAAUGGUUUCUACACUCACAUUGACAUGUUUGAACAACAAUUCAAGAGCAUAAGCAAGAUUGACUUCAUGGAAAGAUACAUCAGCGAAAAAGACUAUCUGAUCAUCAUAGUCAUUAGUCCAAAGUACCACGAGAUUGUGACCAAUGCCUCGUUUUUCAUGGAAAAUGAUGAAACACUCAACACCGUCUACAUACACAAGCAGUUACAAAACGAGUUCAUUCAGAACGGUGCCAGGAAUUACAGAUUCAUCCCCAUCUUGUUUCCCGGUGCCAAGAAGUGCCACGUCCCUUCAUGGCUUCAAAGCACACAGAUCUUCACCUGGCCCAGAGACCGGGAUGACAUUCUUCGUCGACUCAUGCGUGUUGAGAAGUACAACCCUCCACCCAUAGGAGAGCUGCCCACCAUUGUCUCCAUCCCAAUUUAGUUUGCUAGGUUUGUUCCUGUAUGUAGACCCACAAUAUGCCAGUUGUAAACAGGCCUGGGAUCCGUUUUAAAUUUGUUUACCCCUCUGAGCAACUAGAUUGAGUGUUUAAUAUGCUAAAAUCCCUAAAGCUACAGUUAUUUGAUGUAAUCUUAAUAGAAACCUCAUGUCAUAAUUAAUAUUUCACAACUCAUCAAUGAUGAAUACAUCAGAAUGUGUCCCGACAUGUAGAAGAACUGCAAAUGCGUAUUACAUAUGUAUUAAGUUCAUGAGUUAAAUAAGCUUGAGUGCUGAUAUUUGGAAUUUACUGUAGCUCAGUUUUGUUCUUUACUUUGUAUUAAGCUGUAUCAAAUCACAAUAAUUUCGGGGAAAGAAAAGGUCUAUUGUCAGUUGUGUAGUGAUGUGCUUCCACAGAAGUUGCAUUCAAAACAAGCGGCUUUCUGUUGGUCAUUGACAAGUCCAUACGACGAACUUAAACUCAUUGUGAAAUGUGCAUGGGGAAACCUUUUGCUCCAUGCCAAGUUCUUGAUCUUGUGGAUUUCUAUUGAAAUCAAAUUUUUCCCGCAAACAUUCAGUGAACAAUGAUAAAUAUAACCACACCUUUGGAGUUAAUUAAACUUUCUGUAACAAAACCGAUAGCUAUUACAUUUUUGUUAAAAUAUAGAAUAACUAUAGUAGGCCAGAAAUCUUCAAAGACAUAAACCUUUUCAUCAUGCUUCUUUGCUGUUGAGUGAACCUGAAAGAAGCCAGUACUACAAUGCCUUCACACACUGUACAAUUUAUUAUAAACAAAACCGCUUGUGCAUUGUGCCUUAGGAUUUCCCUUUGAAUCAUUAGAAUUGUGCCAGAAGAAAAAAAAAACUUUUUAUGUUGUGAGCUUCACAUGGAUAUUUCAUGUUCUUAGAUGAUCAUAGUCUGUUUUUAAAAAAAUAAACCCAUUUAAUAAAUGAAAUAAUCUGGGUGUUUUGUU